UAGAGCUGAAUAAAGGCGUGUUUGUGUGGCAGUUUCUUUUGUAAAAAUCAAAGCCAAAAAGAACAAGCUCAAACAGCAUUUUAAAAAAUGGAGUGUAAACUAAACAGAAGAGAAAAAGAUAAGGAAUAUGAAGGGAAAGACAACAACCUGGAAGAUGCUGACCAAGGAAAGAACUGCAAAUCUUCACUGAUGACGCUCAACGUUGGUGGAUAUUUAUACAUUACUCAAAAACAAACACUGACCAAGUACCCAGACACUUUCCUUGAAGGUAUAGUAAAUGGAAAAAUCCUCUGCCCGUUUGAUGCUGAUGGUCAUUAUUUCAUAGACAGGGAUGGGCUCCUCUUCAGGCAUGUUCUAAACUUCCUACGAAAUGGAGAACUACUACUGCCCGAAGGGUUUCGAGAAAAUCAACUUCUCGCACAAGAAGCAGAAUUCUUUCAGCUCAAGGGACUGGCGGAGGAAGUGAAAUCCAGGUGGGAGAAAGAACAGCUAACACCCAGAGAGACUACUUUCUUGGAAAUAACAGAUAACCAUGAUCGCUCACAAGGACUGAGAAUCUUCUGUAAUGCUCCUGAUUUCAUAUCAAAAAUAAAAUCUCGUAUUGUUCUGGUGUCCAAAAGCAGACUGGAUGGAUUUCCAGAGGAGUUUUCAAUAUCGUCAAAUAUCAUUCAAUUUAAAUACUUCAUAAAGUCUGAAAAUGGCACUCGACUUGUACUAAAAGAAGACAACACCUUUGUCUGUACCUUGGAGACUCUUAAGUUUGAGGCUAUAAUGAUGGCUUUAAAGUGUGGUUUUAGACUGCUGACCAGCCUGGAUUGUUCCAAAGGGUCGAUUGUUCACAGUGAUGCACUUCAUUUUAUCAAGUAA